CCUCAGCCAAUCAGCGGCCGCCCCAUCGGAAAUGACGUCACUGAGAAAGGCUCGAGCCCGGUGAGCAUUCGAGCGUCAGCGAGCGUGAAGGAAGGGAGCCGUGUGACUGUUUUCAGUGUCCAGUCUCAAACCCACAACCUCCUUGUGGCCGUAGCCUCCGCACCACCCACCCAGUCAGUCCUGCUCGUCAAAGACGAGGCUCUGACGUAACUGACGGCGGAACUGACCAAUCAAAGUAGGGGGUGUGAUGGUACCGCGUCCACGUCAUAAAUAAAACAGACCAAUAAAGAGCGAGCAGAGGCGGGAAGGCCGGUAACUGAGGGCGGGCGGAUUUGUGAAUGAGGAUGGAGGAAGGAGAGCGCGCUAAGUUUAAGAAAGAGUUGGUCAGUAAACUACUCUACUUCUAUUUUAAGGAUCAGAAAACCAAAGUCGGCAGUGAUGCUGUCAUCAUUAUGUGUGAAAUGCUUAAAAUAUUUGUUAUAGAGGCAGCAGCACGAACAGCCAGACAGGCAUCCAGUGAAGACUCUAAGAUAGGAGAUAUUGACCAUUUUGAGAAGGUUUUGCCCCAGCUGCUUUUGGAUUUCUAGGAUUUGGACUUUUUCCACUAGGUGGUGCUGAUCUAUAACAUUUAACCAGUCAGGGAACAUUUGCUUGCUUCGUUUAUGACACCAUUUAUUGAAGAAACCAGUUAUCUGUAAUAGAAGUGAUGGGACUGCAAAAGGCUUUACUUAUUCGCAAUUUAAAUGAUACAUUGUGUACUUUAUACGAGCUGUUGUUUCUUUGUUCAUUACCAUUCAGAACUGAUUAUUGUUGAAUCCAAAAUUUUGUGUUGAGUCAAAAUAAAACCUGAGUGAUGCAUUGUACCAUCCUGGGACAGAAUGUAGAUUCAUGCCCUUAACUGUGGGCUUUCAAACUUUGGGCUCCAAGUGGAUUUUUUUUUUAAGACACCAGUGGUUUGGGAAAGGUUUUAAAGUCCAGAUUCAACCACCAAUUUAUAAUUGCACUUAAUUAAACAUUCAGUGGUCUGAUUACUGAGAAAUCGGGGUGAAAGUUCAAGGUUUAUAGUCCAGGAAACCAAUAACGCUGAAGUGAAGAGACAGUAAAUGAUUCUGAUAUCAGUAUUUUUGGCUGUGUGCUUUUUGUAACAGUACAUUUUUGUACAAAUAAAUUAAAACCAGAAGUUAAUUCUGAUUUCAGGCA